CGCUAGAUGUAAGUCUUGAUUUGUCAAUUUAUAUCGGAAUAAAAUGGAAUGGAAGUAUUCACCCCUUAAUUGCUUUUAAUAAGUUUGUUAACUACCAAUCACCUCAUUUUACUCAACCUAAAACGCCAAUUGCUUAUUUAUGUCAUCCCCUUAUGGGAACAAUGGGUGCACAUCUUAUUAGAAUUAACCUUAAUGUUGAUUGUUGCUUAUUUUCACAAGCUAGACUCUUUAUAUAUAGCUAG